GACCUCCCCGACGACACGUGCUCAAUUUGCAUAUUCAAGGUACGGCGUUUUCAGAUUUUUCCUGGCGCUGAACUGAAAACGCCGUGCUUCAAUAUGGUUGACAGGACGAAACUCUAUGUUGGCGGGCUGGACUUCGAGGUAACCGAGGAUCAGGUGUACUCGUCCUUCAGCCAGCAUGGGGAGAUCCGCGACUGUAAGCUCAUCAAAGACAGGGAGACGGGCAGGUCGCGAGGCUUCGCCUUCGUAACGUUUGCCGACGAAGACAGCGCGGCCCGCGCGGAGAAGGCUCUGGAUCAGACGGAUCUCGGGCGUCGGACCAUCAGCGUCAGCGUGGCCAGGCCCCAGGGCGAGCGGAGAGGGGGUGGCGGUGGAGGCUACAGGGGAGGCGGCCGCGGCGGCUACGGCGGUGGUGGUGGCUACAGAGGCGGGCGCCAGAACUACGGAGGCGGCGGCGGCUAUGGCGGCGGCGGCAGCUAUGGCGGCGGCGGUUAUGGCGGGGGUGGCUAUGGAGGCGGUGGCGGUUCGUACGGAGGCGGUGGUGGCAGCUACGGCGGCGGCGGUGGCGGCUACGGAGAACAACAGUACGACCAAGGCUACGGCGGCUACUAGGUCCCGCUGAAAAGUCCAAGCUAACGAUUUCUGUCUAUCUUGACUGCAUAUAACACUUCUGAAGAUUUAAAACAAAUGCCUCGUGGACUGACGCUGAGAUUUUGGCUGGCCAACCGAGAACAAAGAACUCGCUUCUUGUACUGAUACGCAUGUGAGGACUUCUGGCCCCUUAGGGGGCUGUUUGUUCGAUUGAAAAAAAAUGUUCCUUAACAUUUACCCGAGCCAGUUUUUCCUUUUGUUUUGCCAAACAUUCCAAUGAUUAGAUAUUUGUAGGCAUUCCUUGAUAAUUCUGCUUUCCCUACUCGCGGUAUCACUGCAUAUAUGUAACAACUUUUUUCCGACCCUGCACGUGGUAUCGUUUUUGUUAAAACAAUGGAAGCUGUGUAUAACGUUUAAUGAUAGUGAAUUGUGGCUAGAGUUAAGCUAUGGAAAAUGGACUUGAUGCAGUAAUAAUAAGUUUAUAUACCUUAACGAUAGUCGAUUCAACUGUAACAUAUUCCAAAUAUCCGCCGUGAAAGAUAAAACUUUGCUUAUGUAUCGUUCCAAAAAUUAUGACACGACACGGUGGGUAGAAAUUCGUGUUCUGGACUCUUCGUGUCUAUGUAGCCUACUUCUGGGCUCUUUUGUGUAUAGCUUGGGUAAAUGUAUAACGAUAAAGUGCUCCUGAAAAAAUCCUGAUAGCUUCUUCCGAUGUAGUCAAGUGUGUUUCACCUUUUUUUCUGUGGAUGAGAAACGUUACAAGAAACGUGGAGCAUCA